AUGGGGAGCCCCGAUAGCCAGGAGAUGUACGUUUUUAACUUGACGUCACUCACCGAGUCUGAAAACAUCUUGUCAGCUUCAGUGUAUUAUUAUACUGGUGAUCUGCUGCGUGCUAAGUGGAACUCUUCCCAAUCCAGAGGCUGUUCUCAUCACAGGCACAGGAAACCUGAAAUUCAGAUGCAUCUUUCAGUUUGGACCUUUCCUUCUGUUGGGAACCAGACUCGGAGCCUGGGACAUUUCCUAAUAAAUGUCUCCACUCCUUACCAGGAUGUCCUUUCCUGGCAGUGGAAGGAUAUCACUCAUCUCCUGCAUGAAGCAAAACAAAACAAUGAACUCCUGAUCAGUGUCAAAAUGGAUCUGAGUGGCCAUCAUCCCUGGAAAAGGCCACCUUCUCGUUAUGAGCCCUACAUUCUGAUUUAUGCCAAUGAUUCUGCUAUUUCAGAGCCAGAGAGUGUUGUCUCUAGUUUGCAAGGACACCGUCAUCCUCUAGCAAGGGUCUUUCCUGGACCGGAAAACCACAUGAGGAGCAGCCUCGGGAAACGGCGGCGAAAACGUUCCACAAACAUCCUGUUGCCAUUGCAGAAUAAUGAGCUUCCAGGAGCCGAGUACCAGUACAAUGAGGAUGAGAGAUGGGACGACAGAAAACCCUACAAAACCUUCCAGCCACGGUUAGCAGAGAGGACAAAGAGUAAGAAAAAGCAGAGGAAGAAUCAUCACCAGAAGAGCCAGACUCUCCAGUUUGAUGAGCAAACGCUGAAGAAGGCGAGGAGGAAGCAGUGGAAUGAGCCAAGAUAUUGCGCCCGGCGCUACCUCAAAGUGGAUUUUGCAGACAUUGGCUGGAGCGAGUGGAUUAUUUCCCCUAAAUCCUUUGACGCCUAUUACUGUUCAGGGGAAUGCCAAUUCCCAAUUCCAAAGGCCUUGAAGCCAUCCAACCAUGCCACAAUCCAGAGCAUAGUGAGAGCUGUCGGGGUUGUCCCAAUCGGUGUUGUCCCAGUCAUUCCUGAGCCUUGCUGCGUUCCUGACAAAAUGUCUUCUCUUAGUAUCUUAUUCUUCGAUGAAAAUAAAAAUGUGGUUCUAAAGGUGUACCCCAACAUGACAGUGGAAUCCUGUGCAUGCAGAUAA